UUCUACGCCAUUUGCUUUCUUUGUUGCCGUAUCUUUCCGUAUGUGAUGAACAAUGUGGUCGUGGAGGAAGCGAGCCGCCGCCGCCCGGGCCUGUCGCUCUCGGCGCUGGAGGGGCUCCCUGCGGCGCCCGUGACCCCCGCCCACGUGUCGCUGGGCGAGGCCAAAGCCGUGGUGACCCUGCAGGAGGCGGCGGGCAGCGAGACGAUGGUGGCGCUGCAGGAGGCGGGCGAGAACGAGCCGCUCAUCCUGUGUCCCCUGGAGGAGCCCGGGGCCGCGGGCGUGAGGCAGGCCCACGCCCACCACCAUCUUCCCACGGGCGCCACGCUCACCUACGCCGCCCUGGACGAAGGCGUCAACAUCGUGCUGCAGCCCCUGAAGACGGAGCCGCACGCCCACGCCUCCUCGCCGGUGGGCCUCGCGGGGGAGGACGCCCAUCAGGUGCGCGACGCGGGCGGGUGCGCGAAGGUGGGCGGCGGCGGGGGCGGCGGGCCGCAGCUGGUGGUGGUGGGCGACGCGGGCGCGGGCGACACCAUGACGUACAUCUACAUCCAGGGCGACAGCCAGGGCGAGCAGGAGGGCGGCGCGGCGGCCGCGGACGCCCACACCAUCACACUCAACUCCGCCGACGGCUCCACGCUGCACACGCUGCCGGCCGCCUACACGCAGCACCUGGAGCAUGCCUACGGGGACCUCGUACUCGUGGGCGGCGGCAGCGGGGCCGCCGACGUGGGCGGGGAGGCGGCCGCGGGGGGGACUCGCCUCGAGGACGGCGAGGGCGGCGCUGACGAGGGCCGUCGCCCGGACGAGGAAGUGCUCCUGCUGAGCGUGGCGCCCAUCAAGCUCGAGGAGCAAGACGGCGGCGCCGCCCUCGCCUUGCCCGCGCCCGCGCGCCCCGCCCCCGGCCACGCGCGGGACUCACGCCCGUCCGCCGGCCUAGAGGAGAGCGUGAGUGCGGGGCGCGGGCGUCGCGAGGGCGGGCGGCAGGAGGCCCGGCUGCCGGAGGACGAGGCGGGCACGAUCGAGGCGCGGCUGGCCACGAGGGACUCCCUGCUGCCGCCGCGGAGGAACCGGCGCUGCGGCAACCCGGGCGGCCUCACGUGCCCCGUCUGCCGCACGCAGUUCAAGUCGGGGCGCCAGUACCACGGGCACCUGCACGUGCACCGCGGGCACGGCGUGUGGCAGUGCGACAUGUGUGAGCACACGUGCGACACGGCCGUGGCGCUGAGCCUGCACAAGAGCGAGACGCACCACGAGGCGCGCCCCUACAAGUGCCCGCACUGCGCCCUCUCCUUCCCCAAGAGCCUCAUGCUGGAGGACCACGUGCGCUCCGUCCACAACAAGGAGCGCCCCUACACCUGCUCCUUCUGCACCAAAGGCUUCUACCGCCCGCACGACCUCAAGAUGCACCUCAACCUGCACCUGGGCAUCAAGAGCAACGUGUGCCACGUGUGCGGCCGCCAGUUCAGCCACCCCUCCAACCUGAUCCGCCACCAGCGCCUGCACACCGGCAUCAAGCCCUACGUGUGCUUCACCUGCGGGAAGCGCUUCACGCAGGUCACCCUGCUGCACCAGCACCGCGCCAGCCACCAGCCGGGGGCGGGCGUGUGCCCCCUGUGCCCGGCGACCUUCCGGAGCGCCGCCGGCCUCAGGAAGCACUCGAAGCUGGAGCACAAGAAGCCCAUGACGCUGCAGGAGGCGGCGCGGAUCAUCCGGGGGCAGCGCACCUCCACCGGGCGGAGCUACUACUGCCAGGUGUGCGGCGCGCAGUUCUCCAUCAAGGCCGAGCUGAAGGCGCACGAGCAGCAGGAGCACGGCGACAGCGCGGAGCAUAGGUGCGCGUCGUGCAACAAGGUGUUCUCGACCGCCGAGGUCAAGUCCCACACGUGUCUCACGGCGGAGGAGGAGGAGCGCAGGAACCGCCUGCUGGGGCCGCAGGAGCUGAGCGUGCCCUCCGCCGCCCUCGCCUCCAUCGCCUCGACUCCCGCGGACGCUCACCCCGUCACCAAGGAGGACCUCGAGGGCGAGGACGACGACGAGGAGGAGGAGUACCUGGUGGUGCACAUCGAGGGGGAGAGGGUGUCGUACGUGGUCAAGAAGGGCACCAAGAGCUCGCGCAACAAGGUGCUGGAGAUCGACGCGGCGCGGCCGGACACGCUGGGCGAGGACCCCUUCCCGCGCUCCAUGCUCUCCGAGAAGACCAUCAUGAUCAACGUGCAGGACCGCCCCGGCCUCCUGCAGGACGACCAGGCCAUGGUAUCCCUCCCGCCGGAGAUGGAGGAAGGCGAGGGCGCCCCGGCGGGACUCGGCGGCGGCGAGGACUCGGCGCCAGACCUGGACCACAUGGACGCCGACAAGGCCGCCCUGCCCCUCGCCAGCAUCAAGUUGGAGCCGCAGACGGAGGACGACCUCGACCAGAUGACGCUGCCGGACAAGGCCCUGCUGCCCAUCGUCUCGCUGGACACGCUGUCGCCGCCGCCCAAGGUCUCGCGCAAGCCCGGCCUCCGCCCCAUCUCGGCCAAGAAGAGCCGCAACAUCGCUCUCAAGGGCGAGUGCGACGACCUCAGCCUCGACGAGGACACGAAGGUCGGCGGCGGCGCGGGGGCGGUGGCGCCGCUCACCUGCCGCAACUGCGGGAAGGUGUUCCAGAAGCGGUGGAACUUCCAGCAGCACAUCGCCACCCACGACGCGUCCCUCCACAAGUACAAGUGCGACACCUGCGGCCACACCUUCGCCUACCGCUCCACGCUCAACAAGCACGUCCUCAAGCACCGCUCGCCGCCACAGCUGCACCCCUGCGAGCUCUGCAAAAAGACGUACAAGCGGCCGGCCUCCCUCAAGCAGCACCACAAGCGCGAGCACAUGCAGCAGCGGCCGUACGUGUGCGAGCUGUGCGGGAAGGACUUCUUCGGGAAGAGCGACUUCAAGUAUCACAUGAGGAUCCACAAGAAGGAGCAGCCGUACAUGUGCUUCGCGUGCGGCCGCGAAUUCUCCCACCUAAGCCACCUGCACCGCCACGAGAGGAUCCACACGGGGGAGCGACCACACAAGUGCCCUUACUGCACCAAGAAGUUUAUCCAGCUGGUGACGCUGAAGAUCCACCUGAAGAAGCACGAGAAGCUGGCUCCCGAGGAGCUGAAGCCAGCAGACGAGGGCUUGCGAGGGAAGGAGGAGGUGAGCCUCAACCUGGGGCUGGGGGAGGAGCUGGUGGGGGAGCAGGCCAACCUCGUGGCUGCCAUGGACGAGAGCCUGUGCAACCCCUCCAGCGCCGCGAGUCUGGGCGUGUCCAGUGCCAGUGCCAUCACCACCAGUGCUUCCACCAUAAGCGCGAGCAUUGCCGCCUCUCAGGGCAGCGCGGAAGGCGAGGAGGAGGACGCCAGCGGGGCUCUCCACAUGCAUGGCAACGCAGACCUUGGGCUGGAGAGGGCGCUCAGCACCAACACCGCCGCCCUCUUGGCCAACACCUCGGCCAGCGCUCCGAGGCUGACCAUGGACGGAUUCCCGCCGGGGACAGUCAUCCUUGCCCAGGGGGGGCUGGAGGACGCGGACGGAGGGGGCCAGUUCAGCGGAGGCCACACUGCAGUUGUAACAGGAGUCAAUGGAGACUGCAUUGCGAUUUUUGUGCAAGAUGCCAAUGCCAUCAGUUAAUUCAUGUGAUAUAUAUUUUUACUUGUUUUUAACGAACUAUUCAGUUGAUCUUUCUCGUAAUAGUGUGUAUAAAUUCCAUUUUGUACUUAUGAAACAGAGAAGGGAGAAAGAGUUGACAAUGUGUAUAUGUUUGCUAAUACUCUGUUCAUUGUGAUUUCAGUGAUUUCAUAUUGAUAUAUUAAUUUAAAAGUUAUUUUUCUAACUUGCCUACAUAGUAUGUAGCAGUAAAGUAUAUUUAUUAAUUAAUACAUAAUGAAAGUAAAAUUACCUGGGGAAAGUGAUUAUGCAAAUUUUGAUAUCCACAUCUUUGAUAGCCCUGUUAUUUGAUUUAUAAGCCUCAGUAUGCAAUAACUGUAUACCAUUAGGGAUAUACAUUAACUCCAUAGAAAAUAAUGGGGGGACUUUAUGCUGAACAAGUGAGCAAAGCAAUGAAAGGACGAGCAGGGAAAUGGGUCAUUUUGCUGUACUGCUUCCUUGUUCUCUGUAAAAAAAUUGAGACCUUAAACGCAAUCACGUGUGUCCCUGUCGACCCCCUCGUUGUUUUGUUUGCAUGAAAAAUAACAAGUCUGAUGUUGCUCAUUUUUAUUCAGUACAAGUAUCAUAUUUUAUCCUUUGUUGUUGCCUCCUUCCAUCCGUCCUUACUUCUUUUUUGGAAGUUUAUCAUAUGGUGCUUUCAUUCUUGCAUUCUGGAUUUUGUUUGUGGAAAUAGGGUUUAUGUACAUAACGAUUAUAAGCCCUUCUCUUCUGUCCCUGCAAGAUGUGUGGCAUUCAUCUGUGAAGGUAUGCAACAAAGGACACCCUCUUGUUGUACUUGUUAUAAAUGCUUUUACAUGAAUCUAGAUCAGGAUCGACAAGAUUUCUAACUCUUCUUCAUUCUCUUCCCAACUCAUUGUGGAUUUUUUUGUUCUGUACUAGUAUGUGUGGAAGAGUAAACAUAACCCCCCCAAACAAACACACACACACACACACACACACACACACACACACACACACACACACACACACACACACACACACACACACACACACACACACACACACACACACACACACACACACAAAUACUUAUUCCAUUUCAUAUGAUAUUGAGAGUUCUUGGAAUUUUCAUCUCUCUCUUCUAUGCAAAGCAAGAUGGCUUCGUAUGAUAAUCUCAGUGAUAAGUUAAGUGAUUAUGGCUUCCAGGUACUUACACCACCUUUAUUUUUAUUUAUUAUGAUCUUCCUUUUCAUCUUCUUGUAUCUUCGUGAUACCAGGCCAUUGCAAUGACAAUCUCUCAUAUGUUCAUAUUGAAUGUGUAGUGUUGCAUGGCCAAUACAAAUUUGUACAGUUGUGAAUAUUUUCUUUUUGUAAAUAAAGUGUACAGAGUAU